CCAAAUUUGCUAAUCCCAUAUGUAUAUGUAAUAACUAAAAAAAUAAAGAGAAAGUAUUACCAACUUAUACUUUCAUCAUUAAUAUUUCAAUUUUACGGCAUCACGAUUAUUUUUAAAGAACUUUCCAAAUGCCAAAUUUAGCUGUAGCUCGAACAGGAUCAUAAUGCUGGUAUGGUUUUGAAUCUUCAAAAAUAUCUACUCCACACUCCUUUUUUCUCCAACUUCCAUUGCAGAAAAUUUGCAAUUUUUUCUUCUGCCCAAUCUCAUGUUCUAUCAACAAUCAAAGUCUGCAAAAGAGUUGAGGAAUUAAAGCCCCUCAAAUCACUUAUUAUCGUCAAUGGAUUAACUGAUUACAAACUCAUUAUUUCUGAGUUUAUUCAACAAUGCUUCCAUCUGGGCAACCCUGAAUUUGGCUUGUCUGCUUUCUACGCAUCAAAUAAUCGCAGCUUACUUUUGCAGAAUUUGAUCAUUAAACAUCUUUGUAACUUUGGUUUAUACCAAGAUGUUAUAUCAGUGUAUAAAACUUGCAAGCUUUUAGGUACCUCUAAUGGUAAUUACACAUUUCCUUAUGUAAUCAAAGCUUGUUCAGCUCUAUGUGAUGUAGAAUUAGGUAGGGAGAUUCAUGGUAUUGUUAUUAGAACUGGGUACGAUAGAAAUAAUGUUUUUGUGCAUACUGCUUUUGUUGAUUUUUAUGCCAAAGUCGGGCGUAUGGACAUUGCACGAUUCGUGUUCGACAGAAUGUCUCAACGGGAUGUUGUUUCUUGGAACGCUUUGAUUUCAGGGUAUUCCUUUAAUGGCCUUGAUUAUGAGGCUCUUAAGGUAUUACAAGAGUUGUGGGUAAAGGGUGUGAAGCUUUAUGUGACAACACUGGCCAGCAUUGUUCCCGUUUGUACCCGUUUAGCGUUUCGAAAUUUGGGUAGGUCUUUGCAUGGCUAUGCUGUGAAGUGUGGGUUUCAUGAAGAUGAAAUGUUGACUCCAGCUCUUAUCUCAAUGUAUGCUAAUAACGGAGAUAUUCGUGUUGCGAGAUGCUUGUUUGAUCGUUCACCUAUCAAUAAUGUGGUUAUUCGGAACUCUAUUAUCUAUGCUCAUGCACAAAACCAAAUGCCUGAUGUUGCCUUGGGAAUGUUCCAGGAAAUGCUCUUUGCUGAUUUACGUCCAAAUGUGGCCACCUUUGUUUCUGUGAUCCCAUGCUGUGAGAAGCUCAAUAUUAUCUACCUCGGUGAAAUCCUUCAUGGGUAUGUCAUUAAAUAUGGGAUAAACAACCAGGUUUCUGUGGCAACAGCCCUAAUAUCUAUGUACGAGAAGCUAGGAGAUGUUCACUCAGCUGUAAAUGUAUUUACUUGGAUGCCUCACAAGAACCUCCUUACUUGGAAUUCAAUCAUUUCAGCAUACGUGCAUCAUGGGUUCGCACAAACAAGUUUGAAUGCCGUCCAUGAGAUGCAAGUGGCAGGAUUAGAGGCAGAUUUGAUUUCCGUAAUCAAUAUUCUUUCUGCCUGCUCUGAGCUACAUGCAUUGCUGCUGGGUAAGUCUGCUCAUGCCAUUGCCAUAAGAAGGGGUUUUUCUUUAAAUCUUAAUGUGUCAAAUACCCUAUUAGCGUUUUAUACUCAUUGCCAUCAACUUCACUCCUCUUUUAAGCUUUUUAAGUUGAUGGCCUCAAAAAAUAUUAUUUCAUGGAACACUAUGAUAUCUAGUUGUGUAUAUAAUGGAGAAACGGAAAAGGCAGCAGCCUAUUUUUCUGGAAUGCAGCUUGAAGGAGUGCAACCAGAUGUUGUGAGCCUAAUUAGCGUCCUUCCUAGUUUGCAAAAGGCUGGUGAUUUGGCGCAAGGGAUGGUUUUUCAUGGGCUUGCUCUCAAAUUGGGGUUCACUUAUGAUGUUACAUUAGCCAAUGCACUGAUUAGCAUGUACUCCAGCUGCAGUGACCUAGAUGCUGCUGCACUAGUUUUCCAUACAAUGACCGACAGAUGUUUGGUUUCUUGGAAUUCGCUGAUCACUGGUUAUCGGACUCAAAAUUCACACAAAGAGGUAACAUAUCUGUUCAAGGAAAUGAAAAGAAAUGGUCACAAUCCAAAUUAUAUAACUUUGCUCAAUGUAUUGCCAGGGUGCUCUACACUUCUGCAAGGUAAAUCAAUUCACUCUUAUGCCAUUAGAAUAGGGGCUAUACAGCAAACUCCUCUUGUGACAUCUUUAAUCUCUAUGUAUUCAAGAUUUAACAAUAUUGUUUCAUGCUUCCUACUCUUUGAGGCUGGUGAUCAACUCGACAUUUCUGUAUGGAAUGUGAUGAUGUCGAUCCUGCUUGAGGCAAGAGAGACAGAAAAGACAUUCUCUUUCUUUUUUGAAUUGCUUCAAACUGAGGUGAAAGUUGACUACAUGACGAUUCUGAGCGCUGUUUCAGCUUGCAUUCAAUUGAAUAACAUCUCUGUCACUAAUUCUGUAUUGGCAUUUGUGAUAAAGAAUGGUCUCCUUCGAGAAACAACAGUUUGCAAUGCUUUUAUCGACUUAUAUGCAAAAUGUGGGGAUCUUCCAAUGGCUAGGGAAGUGUUUAAGAAUUUACUGGAAAAGGAUUCUGUCUCUUGGAGUGUAAUGAUAAAUGGGUAUGGAUUACAUGGGGAUGGUGAUGCUGCAAUUACUCUUUUGGCAGAGAUGGAAGAUUCAGGAAUGAAGCCUGAUAACAUUACAUAUCUUAGCGUCUUAUCAGCCUGUAGCCAUGCCGGGUUAGCUGAACAAAGCAUGAUUAUCUUCAAUUCUAUGCUCUACAAUGGAUUUCGACCAACAAAUGAGCAUUAUGGUUGUGUUGCUGAUCUUCUUGGUAGAAAAGGUCUGGUGCUCGAGGCAUACGAUAUUGUUAAGAGAAUGCCAAGUGAAGCUUCAGUCAGUAUGCUUGAAUCCUUGUUGGGUGCUUGUAUGGUCCAUGGAAAUGUUGAAAUCGGAGAAAGAGUUGGCGAGAUGCUUAUUUAUAGGGACCCGAAAAAUACAGGAGCAUAUGUGAAACUUCAUAACAUCUAUGCUGGUGCUGGAAGAUGGCAGGAUGCAAACAGAUUAAGGAGUAUGAUGGAAGAGAGAGAACUGAGCAAAGUUGCUGGGUUUAGUAUGCUUGAGGGACAGAAACUAUGAGCCAUGAGGCAUAUUAUUUGGAACCGUUGGCUCAUUUCAGGUCAGGUUAAGAACAUUCUUCCUCCAUUGUGCUUGGAUGAAAGGACUGGGAAGGGAAGUGGGAAAGAGCGUUAUGUAUAUUUUGAGACCAACAAGCAAUAUAAUUCAAUCUCUGAAUGUGAA